GCGGCUCCUUCAAGAAGAGAAGACGUGAACUUUCGAUUCUUGGACAAUCUACUCCUCCCAUCUUCCUUUCGUCCACUAUUCAAAUUCAGUUUUUCCAUUUCCGUGGUCAAGAUGUUCCCCUACUUAGCCAUCAUUCUUUUUGUCGAGUCAACAGCUGCAGAAAUAUUCUCGGAGACAGUUGGCAAGGUGAUAGUUACGCAGAAUACUUGCUCAGUGAUGCCUCAUCGUGUUUGGAAGCGACUUGGCAGUUCUGGCCCAAAACCCCUCGGAGAAUAUCCUCCGGAAACAAUCAAAUUCCUGAUGACAUGGGUACAUACAGCUCACGGGGUCGAGAGUCGUCUUGAGAAUAUGUUGCUCAAGUGGGAUGAACAAUCGAUCUGCUUCGAUCGACCAACCACAUUGAUUCUAAAAAAGGCAGCGGACGGAGGAAGCUUCUCGGAUUUCAUGAACAAAUUCUCGUAUCUCGAGGUUCCGGAGCAUUGGGUAGUUCGAAAAGAUGAGGAUGAUCUUGAAUCUUGGAGGAAUGUAAAAAUCGAUGAAUGUUCUACAACAAAUGAUGUGACAUACCAUUGCCCUGAGUCUGCUUUUAAAGAUUCCUGCACACAAGCAGAUCUCGAAAAAUGCUCAGUACGAAUGGAGAUCAACAGCUCAGAAGAUUUUUUUACAUUUUCACGGCGUCUGGGACGAAGUCAUCUUGUUGCGACGAAAGCACUUAUUGGAACAAUAAUUAGGAAUGGAAACAUUUUUGAUGUAAAACCAGUUGAACUUCCACAAAGGAUUUUUAAAAUAACGUUAGCAAAAACGGAUAUGAUGUCAAUUGGGACAUCUCUUCUGAAAUAUUGAUUUUUGUUCUGUUAUAUUUAUUUGAUUAAUUUAAAAAUUUGUUCUCUUUGAUAGAUCUCAAUAUUUUAAUUAAUUGUCUUAUUGAUUUUGUCGCCACCUAGUUAGUUUUAACUUCAGAUAUUUGCGGGUUAUUUUCUAAACUGUGAGUUGUUAAUUUUAUAAUCCAUUGCAUUAAUAUUACCUCAGCCUGAUCCUCUAGUUUUUAGUGUCAGGGUCUGUUCAUUUUUCCCUUUUUACACCAUCAUUUCAUGUUCCAUUUUCUUUUGUUUCACUGACCAUAAAACUAAAAUUAUGCAAGAAUGUGAUAAAC